UCUAGAUAAUGAAAUUUAUCGAAAUUAUUUAGCCAAGUAUGAUCCAUUUUUUUGUAUGAACAAAAUAUGAUCAAUUCUCGCCGAAGAUUUCAUAAAUGCUACGGAUUCAUAUAACUUGAUGCAUAAAAUAUAAUUUGAUUUAGGUUGAUUUAGCGUGUUCGAGUUGGUCAGUUAAAGGUCGGUUCGACCUCUACUUUUAAUCCGUCUCAUAAUUACGUUUUGAAAACAUAAGAUUGCAUUCUUAUAAAGGUAAAUCCAAGGUUUUCUUUUCCCCAAUAUUUGAUGAAUUUUACAUCGUAUUCAUAUUUCAAUCCAUUGAAUACAGUCAAAUCGUGCAUUUAUAACAUCGACUUUCCGUCAUGGUCUUAUCUAUACUACAUCGGGUGCAUUACGCCGAACUUUACGGAUAUAUGUGAAUGAUAAAAAUAGGUAGUGACCAAUACACGUGUAUGGUAAGAUCUACACCACCGAAUGAAGUUCAUCGAGAGUAGUAUAGGUCGAACCGCUCUAGAUAAUUACUUCACCAAAAGAAAAAAGCCCCUAUCAAACUCAACAACACCUAUAUUUAUAAACCCCAUUAUUUUCCCCAUGUAAACAAACACACACCUCCAAACAAUGAAACCUGCAGAUGCUUUGAUACUCGUCCUUUUCGGUUUAGCGCUCUACACAACUUUCAUCGUGUUCAUACAACCUGCCUACUUUGGCAUCACUUUCGAUGUCCGAAUAAUCAACGGCUUCUCCAACAACUCGUCGUUGCCUUUGGUGGUGUGGUGUGUCUCUCACGACAGCGGAGAUAUCGGUGGGCGGGCCCUACAAGAGCGCGACGACUACAGCUGGACAGUCAAAAUCAACCCUUUUUGGAGUUCGUCUAGAUUCGUUUGCACCAUGAAAUGGGACGAAAAGACGAUGAAAUUCGAAGUUUUUCGAGCAAGCCGAGACAGGUAUAGGUGCGGUGAUUGUGGAGAGUGUUUUUGGCUUGUAAAAGAAGAUGGUUUUUAUUUUAGUAAUAAUGGGAUUAAUUGGAUCAAAAACUUCCCAUGGAUGUAAUAAUUAACUUUUUAAUGUGUUCUUGAAAUGGAUAUUUUCAGU